UGUUAGGAUAAAUUACCAACUUGGGAUAUUGUGCUGUAGCAACUUAAAACCACCUCCUAUCCCUCUCCCUUCUUGUCAUCAUGGCCCGCCAUCAAAACCAAGCGACCCCAAGGUGUCGGGAAACGACCACAAGUACCUGUUCGCAGGAGUCCACGUCUGAGUGGCCAUGAUGAGCAAAUUCAAUCAACGGACAGGAAAACAGAACAAAACCACCCAUAUCCCUUUCCAACAGGCUAUAAUUCCAGAGAGGAGGCUCCUCAGGCCCUGCUGGCCUCUCCGCAAGCUAAACAUCAAAAACAAAAGCAGUCGCGAGAAGCUGGAGACUCACUCCACAUUCCAGCUGAGCAUAUUGUAAAACGACCGCGAACGUCACUUGCUAGUGAUGGGAAUAUACCUAUCCAGGAGUUGGCAAGCAACGGCUGCAAAUAUAAUAUAAAUCCAAUCAAUUACUGGAGGAACGAAGGAAUCUGGCCUAAAGAAUACUUUGAACACGGAAGAAACAUGAGUCAUCUACUUGCAAGAAAAAAAUCGACAUCUUCUCUACACCGCAAGCAAUUGGAAGCUAGUUCUGUCAUCAGCUCCACCACACCCAGCGACCAAAUGCCGAGGGAGGAAAAGAGUGCUCCAUAUGAAAAUGCACACUACAGAAUGUUGCUUCAAACCAAGGGCAGUUUUAUGAAAGAAUCAAAACUGGGUAUCACAGAUGCUAGCAAAAGCAGUUAUCAAACUUUGCUUGAUGCUGAACAAAGAGUUCCGGAGAACUCGUUAUUCCAUGACAAUCUAUUUGAAAAAACCUGUGAGAAGAUGCAGGAUAGGAAUGAGGCCAUGGUUAUUCAGGACAUCACUCGAUUGAUUGUCCCUUCAGCAGAAAAUCUAGCCAUAUAUGGCAAUGAGCAUCUCAAAUUUUUGAUUGAAAGUGUUAGUGAAGGCUGGAACAAUGCUAUCCCUGUAACUAAACCUCGUCCGCAGCCUGAUUACUCUGUGGGUUUCAGACGAGAGGCAUUUACAGAUGACCAACUGCAAAGGCUUCAGCCCUUUGUCGGUGACCUGACUGAUACAUCCUACUUCAUGGCAACAUUCUACAUGUACUUCCCAUUCUUAACAUGUGAAGUUAAGUGUGGUGCAGCAGCACUUGAUAUCGCUGAUCGACAGAAUGCCCACAGUGCCACUAUUGCAGUGAGAGCUACUAUUGAGCUAUUCAAGCUUGUGAAGCGUGAAAGAGAGGUCAACCGAGAGAUACUCGCCUUCUCAGUCUCACAUGACCAUACAGCAGUGAGGAUCUACGGUCAUUAUGCAGUUCUUGAAGGAGAGAAGAUGAAUUUCUACCGCCACCCAAUCCACAAGUUCGAUUUUACCACUCUGGAUGGCAAAGAGAAAUGGACAGCAUACAAAUUCACAAGAAAUGUCUAUGAUAUAUGGAUGCCAACUCAUUUUAAAAGAAUAUGCUCCGCAAUUGAUCAGAUACCCCCUGAUGUGGAUUUUCACAUCUCACAGUCAGAACUUCAAUACUCCUAACAAUCGAACGCUAAAUCGGUACCCCUGGAAGAGGACAACAACCAGUCAAGCUAGCUGGGAUAUCUUGACUCAGCAGGUGUUACCCCUACCGACUCUUUCACUGAGCAAACGCAAAUAUUCAAAAAGCCGAGGAAGAAACGUUUGACCGAAUAAUAAGGCUUUGUUGCCGGAGUUUGGAUGCCACGUCAAAGACGAAGCCAAUUACCGCCAUACCAGGCCAGUCUUCAGAGAUGUCGACGGAGACGAUGUGGCUUCCACAAAAUUGUUGAAAAUAUUGAUAGGAAUGAGGCACAAGGUUUUUUUUUUUUUUUUUUUUUUUUUUUUUUUAACAGAGUCGCGCCACCCUGGGCCACCCGAUUCACCCUAUGUUCAUCAUGAGGUUUGGAAUUUAAAAAAUUAUGGCCCCUUCAACGAUCUACAAAUAUUUCCAUCAAUCAUUGAAUGCUAUUCCUCACGCUGCAGUCCUGAAAGGUUAUCAUACCAUCUCCGCAAGUGCACUCUAAUUGUAAUGCAGAGCAAUUGGCUAGGUGCAGUAGUAGAGAUAAGUCUCAGCAAUUUCAUCUCGUGCAUGAUCAGCUUCCUGUAAGAAGAAAGUUAUGGUCCUGGUUAGUGUUUGACUAUGACCUACAGCGUAAGUUGCUGUAAAUAGUAGAUCACUCACUAGUGAAUCUGCAAGUUGUUGAGACACCAUUAGCUCUUCAUCCUCAGUAAGUCCUACUGUGUACAGCGUAGUUGUCCCCACGAUCGAAAGCGUAGCCUGACCACUUUUCAACAGCAAAGGGGAUAAAAUUUUUGCAGUACUAGAUCGAUCCCUUAUUUACCUACCAUGUUAUGCCAUUGUAAUGCUGCUCCUACCUCGGGCAUAGAAGCAUCUGGAGGUUCUCUAAUAAAUUGAUCUUGCAGUCGAACUGUCCCAUAACAGCCGUCCUUCUCGCACACAGUUUCCUUAUUCCACGCCUAUGGCGCUCUGGUUAUACGGGGGAGGAAAUAAUUGAUAUGAUAACUUACACCAUAUAGGGGUCGAGCACGCACCCGCUUGUCAUGCCAGGUGCCCAGAGAGUAGUUGGAAAUUUGACAGGGUUUGAGGUAGCGUAAUAAUGGAAAAUCAAUCAUAAUAAACACCCUGAGAUUCAUCUGUGU